AUAGUCCCACUUUGACAACCAAUUCAGAAAGGUCUGAAAUUACUGAAGCUUCCAGUGAGUUUAACUUUGUUGGAAGGCAGCAACAACUUGUGAGGGGACAACAACAAGGCAUUCCACAGAUUCACUCGAUGCAGCAGUCUGGGUACAAUGACAUGCAGAUGUUGCAGCAGCACCUGAUGUUUAAGAAACUGCAAGAACUUCAGAGGCAGCAGCAACUACAACAGUUCGGUGAUGCAAGGCAACAUAAUGCAGUAAAUCAGCUCUCUGCAAUUAAUAAGCAGGCUUCAGGGGUUCAGUUUUCACCUCUAAUCAAUGGAACACCCGUUAAUGAUACGCCACAAAUGUUUAUGAACUGGGUGCAGAGGGGUGGAUCUCCGGGAGGACAAAAUAUUUCUAAUAGAGUUAUUUUUUCUCAAGAGCAAGGUCAAACUUUGAGCUCGAUGGGUCUUGCUCCUCAGCAGUUUGAUGCAUCUUUAUAUGGUACUCCUGUUGCUAGUGGAAGAGGGACUAUGAAUCAGUAUUCCCAUCUUCCGGCGAUGUCUCAUGAUUCUGAAAAUUUGUUGACCAAGGCUAAUGAUCAAAUGCAGAAGCCUGCUAUGCAGCCAUCAGCCUUCAAUAACUCAUUUGUAGGUGAUCAUUGUACAACUGCUUCUCCGGACCAGGUUUGCUCGCCUCAAGGGGCUUUCGUAUCCCGACAAGGCUUUCAGGGAAAAAAUGUAUUUGGACAAGUUAUUACUCAGGGUUCAAAUUGUGGAUCCACAUUGGGUAACCUCCAACAAGGGGAUACCUUGCAAACAAAUACAUCACUACAGGAGCUCAGUGGAAAGCAAGAUCAAGCUGGCUGGCCGGGAAUCUUUCAGCAAAAAACAAUGCAGCAUGGCCCUUCCCAGGGUUUGGUUCCCCUCGAUCCAAUGGAAGAGAAGAUUUUGUUUGACAUGGAUGAUAGUACUUGGGAUUCGUCUAUGGGAAAGCAGAGUGAUAUUGGGGCUGGAGGCUUUGGAAAUGCAUUCGAAUGUUCAUUUCCUUCUCUCCAAAGUGGAAGCUGGAGCGCGCUUAUGCAGUCUGCUGUAGCAGAAGCUUCUAGUAGUGAUACCGCCCAACAGGAGGAGUGGAGUGGGUUGACUUUUCAGAAUACCGAGCUGUCAACUGGUAAUCAGCCUUCAAACAUCGUGGACAAUGAGAACCAAGGAAGUUGGGCUGAUAACAAUCUGCAGAGUGUCUCUUCCUUAAGUUCAAAACCUUUUCCCAUGCAUAAUGACUCAAGUGUUAGUUCUAGCUUCCCUGGCUUUCCACAGCCAGACAUCCAAUUCACACCUGAGCAUCGAGAAGGGUUUCACCAGGAUGAAUCUCAUGAGUCCAUUCAGAAGUCUCCCAAAAGUUCUAGCGAGUGGUUGGAUCGUAACUCUCAGCAGGUUCAGCCACACAUGCGUUUGGACAACACAUGGCCCAGUCAAAGCAGUAAACCAGAAGGUGAUAUUACUGAAGGCAUGUACAAUAGGAACUCUGAGAACCAUAUGUGGAUUAGGGAUGGUGAUUCCAGGGUAACUUCAUUUUCCAGAUCAACUGGACAAUUGGAGCAAGUACAUUUUGGUUCAGAGAGUAUUCUUAGGAACAGAGAAAAUUCCAAUAUUUUUAACUUUCAUUCUCUGCAAAAUUCACACAUGACUAAUGUCCAUCAGGAAACCAGUCACCAAGUCCAAGAUAAUAAUAAGCUUGAUCACGGGAAACAUUUUAUAUCUAGCAACAAGGAGGACAAUGAGGGCAUUGGAGAAAAACAGCAUCAAAUGAGUAACAGCUCUCAUGUUAUGCAAAACUCUUAUGGGAGGGAAGGUGGGACAUAUGAGCAGCAGCAAAAUUGCUACCAGAGGGACAACUCGUAUGACCGGAAAUCAGAGGAUUCUAGUGGCAUGCGUGUGACUGCACAAACAAGUCAAAAUAUGCUUCAUCUUCUUAUCAGGGUUGAUCAGUCGAAGGAGAAUAGUUCUAUCGCACAGUUUGGCCGUUCUGGAUUUAACCCAUUAUCUGAGGUAACUGAGGCAAAAACUCCUGGAGCUUCUGUUUCUCAUAUCUACAAUCAGUCUUCUGCUUCUCAAGGUUUUGCUUUGAAAUUGGCUUCUCGAUCUCAACGACAAUCCAUUUCAAACACUCUUUUCUCUUCUCAGGGUAUGAUCCAUCCAGCUAGUAAUCCAAAUCAAAUGCAAAUGGAUUCUAAUUUAAGAGAGAAAAAUCAGACCUGGUCUACUCUGUCCCCUUCUCAACCUUUGCCCCAAUCACAUGAAUCAUCACCGAGAUCCCGUUGGGAUGAUAAAUUUGGUAUCGGGGGACAAUCAAGCAGCCCUACGUCUUAUAAGCAUGGAAGCUCUAUUGCAGAAAUUACAUCCAGUCCUACAUUUUCAAGGAAUCAGCGUCAAACGCAACAUCUGUUUAAUGUACCUGGUCCAUCUAAUCAGACAACAUCACCUGGUUCUGCUGCAAAGCAUGCAUCUUCCAACCUUGCUCUAUCUCAAGAUACUUCUCAGCAAAUUUUUGUCAACUCUGGUGGUCAACAAUUCCCUGUUCUUGAAGCAGUUCCAGUUUCUCAGCCUUCUUUUAUGUCAGGCAUGCCUGCACGGGUUGGAGUAUCAGUGAAGCCACAGAGUUUGUGGACAAAUAACCAAUGUCAGCAACAUCUUUCUGGCAUGGAAACUACUUCAUUGGCUUCCAAGGAGCUAAAUGGUCUAAAUACCCAGGACGGUGGAUAUAGGUCAUCUGAAUUUGGCCAUUCCCAUACGAGUUUUCAAGGAUUCAUUUCUGCACAAGAGAAGCAGGGGGAAGAGACGACGUUUGAUGCUUCACAGACAGGGGAUCUUGGUGGAAUACAUCGUAGUGACAGCAAUGGCCUGGCUCCCUCUGCAAGAAAUCUUGGAUUUCUUGGCCAUGCUUUAAAACAUUCACAUGGAUUUCGUCAUGACCACUCCAGGCUGCACCAAGUGCAGGAUACGAAGAAUGAAGAGGCUGAUCCAAGUAGCAGGGAUCUGGAUGUACAACAGAUAACUGCUAUGGCAGGACAGCAGUCAAUUUAUGGUCAUAACAAGGAUGGUGAACUGAAUUCUCCAUCAGCUCACAAGUUUUCGCCACUUGGAAACUCCAAUGCGACAAAUUUCCUGACGGAUGCAAGAGAAGGUCCAAGUGUAAAAACUUCCUCACAAUCUGCCUUCCAAGCCCAAGGCAUGGUUGCAUUUGGUGAAAGUGAUUCUCAGAGUCCAUCUAUUGGCAAUAAUGUGUUACCUAAUUAUGCUGAAACUUCUCAGCCCAAUCUAAGUAUGGCAUCGAACUGGUUUAAACAGUAUGGGACCUUCAGAAAUGGGCAGAUGCAACCAACGUAUGAUGCAAGGCUUGAUAUGUCUUCCGCAGGGCAGACCUUGCUUGUGAAGCCUUCGCAAAGCCUAAACAUACAUUCUUCUGUGGAACAGAUAGAUGCUUCUGAUGCUAACAGAGUAUGGCCAAGUACAGCUACCAAUUUGGUAGCAAGCGAACCCUUUGUAGCUCCUUAUGUGUUACCUUCAGAUGUCAUUGAUGAAAGUAUGGCUAUCGUGAGACCAAAGAAACGCAAAAUUGAAACAUCAGAGCUUCUACCAUGGCACAAAGUGACAGAAGGUUCCAAAAGGGUUCAAGAUGUCAGUCUGGCAGAGCAAGAAUGGGCCUUGGCAUGCAAUCGGCAGACUGAGAAAGUUGGACAUGAGUUUGAAAUGAUUGAAGAUGGACUUCCAAUCCUUCGAACUAAGAGAAGGCUUAUCUUCACAACACAGUUUCUGCAGCAAUUGCUGGGCCCUGCACCAGCAUCCAUUCUCUCAGCAGACGCUGCUUUGUACUAUGAUAGUGUGACAUAUUUUGUUGCUAAAUUAUCAUUAGGGGAUGCGUGCACCCUGGCCUGCAGCAGCAGUACUGAUGUGUCACUGAACGACAGUAAUAAGAUUGGGGAAAAGCCUAAAGUUUCUGAAAAUACUGAAAUGCAGUAUUUAUCAAAAGCUGUGGAAGAUUUCACUAAUAGAUCGAAGAAGCUGGAAAAUGACCUACUGAGGUUAGACAAGGUUUCAAUUUUAGACUUAAGACUAGAAUGCCAGGAGUUGGAAAGAUUUUCUGUCAUCAACCGGUUUGCCAGGUUCCAUAUCCCCCAAACAGCUAUGUCUGGGACCACUUCUUCAUCCGGUACAGUUCCAACUGCACCAAAACCAUUCCCCCAACGAUAUGUCACUGGACAGCCGCUGCCAAGACAUCUACCAGAGGGUGUUCAUUGUCUGUCACUAUGAUUGUGAAUUGAUUGCUCCUUCCCCCUGAAUGCUCUUCCCUUUUCAUCCAUAUGCAUUCCAGAUCCCGCUCAUGCACCCGUUUAUGAUCACUUUUUACUGACAUACAUGCUAGCCUAGCAUAGAAGAAAGAAGAUUGAAAAAAUGGAAUGCAGGAAGUCAACCCCAAGUAACGAAAGCUGCUCGUUCAUUUUUGAACCGACACCUAUUGUUGUCAUUUUUGGGAAAGUACAUAUUGUUCUCUUGUAUAUUUUGAAGAAGUUGCAAAGGAGAAUAGGUAGAGUGCCUGAAGCAGCAGGAGGAUGGUCGUUGGUACGAAUGUCUCUUAGUGGCCCUAAGUUGUUGCAUAAAUUAGUUUUUAAUCUAGCCAUACCUAAUUUAUACAAGAAUAUCCGGUAGCUACGAGCACUGUCACUGUCAUAUUUCCUCUCUUUUUCUUCUCCUUUGCGCUCUUCGCCGUUUUUACAGGUCUUUUCUGCAUGAAGCUGUGCUGGCUGAACCCAGGAGAAAGAGUUGGGAUGUUGAAGAUGAAAAACAGUUUAGUUAGUUAGGAAAAAUUGAAUAAUAUUAUGAAGGUUGUAAUUUUAUGAUCCAACAGAUGCUUUGCUUACUCUGCAAACACUCCACCUCCAAAAACAUGGGUGAGUUUUUUUUUUUUUUUUUUUUUUCCCUGCCAUUAAUGAUAAUAUCUUUCUUGUUUUCUGA